AUGCCGCCUCGUAAGAAGGCAAAGGUUGCCCAGAUCGUGUCAGGGUCACAAACCACAGCUGUUCCAACCAGUUCGGCAUCCGCACCAGCUCUGAUCAAAUCAACUCUCUCGAUUGUGGAGGGAAUCUAUGCUUUGCGCCACUCAGAGGAGAAGGAUAUCCACACGAGCAACAUUGGUGACUUGGCUGUGAAAGAUGGAAUCUAUCCAUGGCCUGUGAAGCAUGGUGGUACUUUUCGAGAUGUUGCGCAAAGAGCGUGGGCUGACAGCGAUUUGCUUGUGGAGCAGUCCGCUCAAUUGGCUCACAGGGUUGGCCUCACGAAUUCUACAGAUGCCGCAGAGUUCUUGCAAGAGUUUUGCAAGAUGGAGGCCUGGCCUCCGGAGAAAGGUGCGCAGUUCGAUACCUCCAUUUUGUGUUGGUCGUUCGACGAUGCAUCGUUCUGGAGAGGGAGAGCAGUGGCGAUGUCAGAAAUCAUCAACUAUGCUCGAAGCAUUGCCUCCACACGAUUUCGAGAGGGGGAGACCAUUGCACUUCGGCUUCCUGGACCAGCGCUGAAGCGUGUAAACCUUGCAGUGGGGUCAUUGUACUUCAACGAUGGGUCGCAAAAGAGCUUGGCAGCGUUUGUGGUUUGGAUCUCUCUACUUUUGGCAAGUCAGCAAGAUUCUCUGUCUGAGGAGGAUUUCACGCACCCACAAGUUGUUGCCUUGGUUGCAUCGUUGCUCCAAAUCAGGACCAUCUACAAAGCUAGCACCGCUGGAUGCGAUGAGAUUGAGAGCACAAUCUCGCGGAUUGUGAAGCAAAACAUUGAUAGCAAAGUACAGCCAGUCUCAUCCCUCACGUGGGCCAGCAUCUUGACAACCCUUGGAGAUGGAAUCAGUCUAGACCAAGCCUUAGCUCGUUACAAUGACCAUCCUGAAGUGCAAUCAUUCGAGGGUGAAGGAACAGGCUCAAUAACUCUCGACGGCAGAAAGCGGCAGGCAGUCCGGAACCUUUUCAGCAAGACAGCUGCCAGCGCAUUCAACGUGUUGCUAAUGAGCACACAUGACAUCUCAUGGAACUAUGGCCCCUUCGGUGAGACCGUGGCUUCCUACCCGUUUAUUUUUAUGGGGUCAGUUUGCAGCUUGGAAUCGGGCCCGCCGCAUGAUGAUGAAAUGGCCGCACCUCUUGCGCAUGAGCCCACCAUCUCGAUUGAUUGGAAUCUUCCAAUGACCGAGUCUGCUCAAUGUAUGUUGUUCAAGAGGAUUUUGAGCCACUGGAACAAAACGACCAGCAGCUUUCCAACAGCGAUGAAGAAAAAAUACAGGAUGUCAGCUGAAGAAAUGCAAAAGGUCAGGAACUUGAUGGUUUUGGCAGACCAACUCCUACCUCACAUGCAAUCGCGAAUGAGCUCCGAGAAGGCAAAGGAGUGGGAGAGCAAUGUGCUUUUCUCAACCAAGCAAGAUGGUGAUUUGCAGUGCCUUUUGAACCACAGGCCUCCGCGAUUUGCCAUGUCCAUGCUGGCCUCUCAGCAAGAGUUCGCAAAGCGAGAUCAUCAGGAAGCAGAGCAGAAGAAGGUUCAAGACAAAGAAGUGCAGCAAGCUGAGGUUGAUGCUGCUCAGUUCAAAUUCUUCUGUGGCGCCUUGAAGAGAGAUCACUCGAAGAUGGAGCUGGUGCAAGCUGCGCCUCGAUUGGACUGUUACCUUCGAGUGGUUGCCUUGGAGAAGAUGGACCAUGCGAAUCAGACCAACACGAAUGCUGACGAUGUCCAUAUUGUGGGCUUCGUUGAUUACAACGCACCCGGAGCUCGGCAAGCGAGCAAAGCAGACAGCUUGGCUCAUGGUGUGAGUUUGUGCAACGACAUGGGAAUCUCAAAAAACAAUGUUACAAUGAUUCUCAUGCCGGACCUCCCAAAAGACUCCAGCUUGCGAGGUUUGUACGACGAGGAAAGACAAAUCAUCGAGGGGCUCUUCAGCCAGCGCCAAGACGUCGAAACGAGGUUUGUGGACCUGUUCACACGAGAGCCGAGAGGGGAAGCUCGCUCAUCAAUGCGACGAUGGGCAGCAGGCAGACUCGUGGUGGCUUCGGAUUCGAGGUCAGAGAACAUUUGGUUGAGUUCCGAGCUGGCAGUAUGCGGCAGACCAGUGGGGCACCAUGAGUCUGAGAAAGGGGCACCGUGUUCGAUGUUGCCGAGGAGCAGCGCUUUGCUACUACCUGAGAAUGCUAGUCCGGAACAUGACCUCAAGCUAGCGGAGCGAACACGCCCAUCGCCUGAGCAAACUGCAGCCCAGAAGGGCCAGCAGCGUUUGCAGUUGCUUUUGGAAUCCUUGUUCCGCCACACUUCUGUGAGCAAACCUUGCCUGAUUGUCAACAUGACUGGCUACGUUGAGGAGUUGGCUGCUGCGGUAUUGAACCUGAGACUUCAAGGGCAGCUGACCGGCGAUGGCGGAGGGUACGACUGGGAGAACUUGUUCUAUUUGUCCCUACACACGCUCGAUUCGAAGACAGGUGUGUGCUACGCUCGGACUCGGGUAAGUCGUGAACUUUUAGAUGCCUGGCUCAGCAAGAAGAUCAGCUUCAACGGGAAGAAGUUUGAAGACUCCAAUGUGACCCUCAGCGAUCAGGAAAUGAAGGAAAUCCCAGGGGGAGAGUCUGUGAAAUCGGUGGAUGCUAUGAAUUUGGAGGUGUUGGUGAGGGAAGGAACAAAAUUGGUGAUCCAUCCUGACCAAUGUCGCCAGUGGCAGUCCAAGGGCGAGAAGUAUGCUGAAGAGUUCAACAGCCUUCGCGAAGAACACGCGGCCAAGUAUGAGAGCAUGCUGACUACAAUCAUUCAGCAGUCUUCAAGUGCUGCCUCCUCCCUUGAGAAGUUGCAGGCGGCUGACCCCGUUGCUGUCAAGGUUGUAUCCGAGAUUGCCGGUGUGGAGCUCAUACGAACCAACUCCAAGAAGAUCUUUUUGUACGCAGAAAAGGCGAAGGCCAUUCCACGCAAUGCCAUUUUGGAGGAAGAUGGGGAAGGCCUGAAAUUCAGUUGGCCUUUGGGGGACAAGACUCUCGUGCAGGUGGACCACUCAAGCAUCAACCCGGAGCAGAGUCACCAGGAGGUCAUGAGUGUUUACAGGCUCCUGACCCUCUUGGAAAGAGUAAAGAAAAUCACCGAAUACAAAAUCUCGUACACAGAUUGCGCAAGAACAGCAGGCGGGGCACCUGGGCCUUCUACAGAUGCUUUCAAGCUGGUCUUGAAGCAGCCGCACAAGUACAAGAGUGUGCCAUCAACAUCCGAGAAGGCGUCAGCGAAGUCGUUCUUUGGGGUCGGAGGUGGCAUGACGGCUGUCGAGAAUAGCAGUGUGAUUGGGAAAGUGUUCCGUUUUAGAUUUGAGCGUGUGACAAGCACGAUCAAGAUUCAGAAACCAUAUUGCAUGGCGUUGAAAGCUUUGUCCCUAAAGCCUCACCAACCCGUGCAGAUCGCGUAG